AUGAGUGAUUCUAGUGAGACCGAGGACGAAUUCGAGGUGAUUCGCUUCCCAUUUUCCCGAACUUUUCCGCAUUUCAAUUUCAGGGCUAUUUCGCCGAUAUCGACAGAGCGGCCGGUCAUUAUUCGGCCAGAUCGUGCGCCCGCGCGCUCGCUCUCGUCGAGGAUCUUGUCGUCGAGAACGUUCCGACGGAGCAUCGUUGUGGCCUGAUGAGACGUCACGCCGAGUACCUCUACAUUCUGAGCAACUAUCAGACGAUGAAGGAGCAGCGAAUCGAGAUGCUCGAGAAAGGUACGGAGGAGAGAUGUGGAAGCCUUCUGGAAAGUUGUGCAACGUGUUGCAGCCUACAAGAUCGCCCGCCAAGGCCAUCUCACCGAUCCGACGGACUUCGAGUGCGCCAAGGUUCUGUGCUCGACGUGCGGUCGACUGGCCGAGGAGAGUCCGCUCAAAAAGAAGUUGGACUACGGAUUCAAGUUCAAGACGUAUCUGGACGAGGCGAUUGCGCUCAAUGACAAGGACUUUGAGACGACUCACAUGCGAGGCAGAUUCUGUUAUACGGUUGGUUACUGUACUUGAAGCGUUGAACUCGACAAUAGUCACUGGUUCAUUUGAAUUCACAAUCGAAAGUUAGGUCCACUUUUCAACUGCAAAAAAUGGCCCUUGAUCACUGUGAACCGGACAUUUUGAAAUGUCUGGUUGCAAAACGUCCCUAGACCAGUGUGAACUCAAAAGUACACUUCCUCCCUCUCAGUGUCCAGGUCAAAAAGCUAAAAGAGACAACGUGACAAUUCUGAAGGCUGUCAAAUUUCCCACGCACUUAGUACCUACUUGUUGCAAAAAAACAAAAGCGAAAGAAGUAAAAGUAUGCAGGUCGCCUCGCUGUCGUUCGUCGAGCGGAUGGCCGCCAAACUGAUUGGUCAAAUUCCGAAGGUGACGUACGAAGACGCGCUGCGAGACCUUCUGAAGGCCGACGAGCUCGACGAGGGAGUGUCGGAGAAUCAGCUGUUCAUCGGCAAAACGUACCUCGAGAUGGGCGACUAUGCGAACGCGAAAAAGUGGCUGACGAGAGCGGCGUGCGUGCACACGAAUGUGGCCGUCGAGGCGGAAUACGCGGAAGACGCGCGGCACCUUCUCGAGGACAAACGGCUCAAGGCAAUCCAAGAGUGA